AUGAUCUCGAGGAAGGGCAUGUCCAGAACAGACCAGACUGCAGAGAAGACGAUCCCAAUGCGCAAGAGAGGCGGCAAGAACGAUGACGGAAAGGAGAGAUAUGCUCUGCAAGGAGCGUCUUCACUUCAAGAUCUGCGAGGAGACGUGGAGAACAUCCUCCUCCUCCUCCUCCUAUACACCCUGCAAGGGGUGCCCAUGGGACUUGCAGCAAGCGUUCCUCUCCUCCUGCAAGAGAGAGGAGCUAGUUACUCGCAGCAGAGCAUCUUCUCCCUAGUCUCCUGGCCCUUUUCCCUCAAACUUCUCUGGGCACCCAUUGUCGAUAGCUGCUACGAUGCAAGAGUGGGCAGGAGGCGGUCAUGGCUCAUUCCCGCGCAACUCGUCUGCGGCGUUAUCAUGGUCUUCUCCUCCUCUGCCAUCAACUUUCUGAUCGGAGCCGACGGCAAGGGCAGCAUUGCGGUCUCCGAGCUCACCGUGUGCUUCUUCGUACUCUACUUGCUGAUGGCGACGCAGGACAUCGCAGUCGAUGGGUGGGCCCUCACGAUCCUGUCAAGGAAGAACGUCGGCUGGGCUUCCACGUGCAACUCAACGGGUCAAACUCUGGGAUACAUCCUCAGCUUCAUCAUCUUCAUGGCUCUCAACAACAAGGAGUUCAGCAACGCGUACGCGCGGCGGGCGAUGGGCUACCCGCCCCAGGAGGCAGGGCUCAUCACACUGGGCGGGUUUAUGGCGUUCUGGGGAUGGGUGUUCCUUGCCACCACCCUCUACGUGUGGCUGUUCAAACCAGAGAAAUCGUCUGCAGAAAGAAUCCCUGCUUCGGACGACCGAGGGGACUACUCGCUGCAGAACAGUGGCGAGGGGGAGCAGGUAGAGGAGGAGAUGGGCGUCAAAGAGACCUACAUGGCCAUGUGGAGGGUAGUCAAACAGCCAGCAGUGAGGAGGCUUGGAUCCGUCCUGCUCCUGUCCAAAGUUGCCUUUGCUGCAGCAGAUGCAGUGACUGGCCUGAAGCUGCAGGAGAAGGGGGUGAAGAAGGAGACGAUGGCGCUGCUGGGCGUUGCCGUUACGCCCAUCGCUCUCUUCCUACCUGCUGCUGUCUCCAAGUACACCUCCGGCCCUCGCCCACUCGCAGCGUUCAUGAGAGUGUUUCCCUACCGUCUUGCGAUCAACGUUGCCUUCGCCGUGAUCCUCUGGAGCAUCCCUCCUCGUAAGGGAGACGAGCCUGUGCUGUCGCCGCUCCUCUGGGCUGUGUUGUUGUUUUUCUUUCUGCUGCAGCAGGUUGUCAGCAACGUGAUGUUCGUGGCACAGAUGGCUUUCUUCGCCAAGGUCUCCGACCCCAAGAUUGGAGGAACCUACAUGACUCUACUCAACACGGUUGCCAACCUUGGGAGCAAGUGGCCGACGACGAUUGUACUUGCACUUGUAGAUGUCACGACCUCGUCAUUGGUGGAUGGGUAUUACGUCCUCACAAGCGUCUGUACACUAUUCGGAGCGUUCUGGUUCCUCGCAUCUCGCUUGGAGGUUGAGAAGUUGGACCUGUUGCCAAGCUCUGCAUGGUUUGCAUAA